GCGUAGUCUUUCCUGCCUUGGCGUUCCGUCCGUUGCAAGGAAAGGAUACAGGGAUAAAGGUGGGCAGCGGAGUGGCUGCUGGUCCCUGAGCAUCCUUCGCGCAGCCAGCCAGCCAGCCAGCCUGGUGGCCCCGGCUUCUCCAGCCUUCCUCCUGCGCGCAUCCUUCGCCUCCUGCGCCCGAUCCCGGCGGGCUUGGGGCGGCGGGCUCCCCGAACCCAGAGGGAAGCCCCGAGGGGUCGUGGGAAUAGGGGGAGCCGGCCCGAACGUCCCGCUUCUCCGGGCAGCCAACAUGAACCGAGGCUUCGGCUCGGCGGCCGAUCGCAACAAGGAGCCCAUCCUGGCCGUCCUGCGGGGUUACGUGGGGAGCCGGCCCCGGGUGCAGGCGCUGGAGGUGGCCUCGGGCUGCGGGCUCCACGCCGCGCAUUUCGCCCGAGCGCUGCCCAACCUGGAGUGGCAGCCUUCCGACGUGGACCCCCAAGCCCUGGCCAGCAUCUCGGCGUUUAUCCAAACACUCCACCUCUCAAAUGUCAAACCACCCAUCUACCUGGACUCCUCUCAGAGCUGGGAGACCUGGGGAGGCCUGCGUCCAAAUUCUUUGGAUCUCAUCGUCAACAUCAACAUGAUUCACAUCUCAGAAAUGAAGUGCACUCAGGGCUUGUUCCAGGGAGCUGGGAAACUACUCAAACCCAAAGCAGUGAUGAUCACCUACGGACCCUACGCGGUGAAUGGUUGCAUCACUCCACAGAGCAACGUGGAUUUUGAUUACAGGUUGAGGCAGAGCAAUCCAGCUUGGGGACUCAGAGACACGGCUGUCCUGCAACAGCUUGCGGAGGCCAACGGGAUGCAGCUAGAAAACAUGGUCGACAUGCCGGCAAACAACAAGUGCCUCAUUUUCCGCAAACACUAAGUCGCCGGACUGCUGUCUGCAACGAGGGAACUUCAUGGACCACUUCCAGAUGCUGCGGAGGUCUUCUCCUCCCUCUGCAGGAUUUCUUCUGCUUCUCUUCCUGCCGAGCUCUGCUUCUUGACACAUCCAUGGGGACGUCCUUAUGGGGUGGUGGGAUCAAGUGCCAUAAUUAAUUCAUCGCUGAAAACUUUGCGGAAGAACUGUGGUCCAGCAGAGAUGGUUGGCCAUGUUGCUCUUGAUUUUUUUCUUUGGUGGAGAGAUAGGGUGUUAAUGCCUCUUUGGAUUUGAGAGCUAGAUGCUUGCAUCUUUGGACAAAGGAGAGAUCGGGGACCACUGUUGUCCAAGCAAUGGCUUGACCAGUGUGGUCAUGUACUUCUCUGCCUUGAACAUAAUGCUUCAGAAUUAGUUUUUGCAGAAUUAGACUUGCAGGUUGUGGCACUGCGCCACAAAUUUAGAGGCAGCUCUUCAGCCUCAAGAAACAGGGUAUGUUCCCAGGGUACAUUAAACAAACUCAGUUAACAAGACCAUCUCUUUAAUUAAACCUCUGGUUGCCAGCUGCAUGGUGGUUUGGCGAUCCUCCGUAACAGCCCCUGCUUGGCGGAAUGGGGACGCUGCGACAUGUAACCAAGGUUUGAAAUCUUGGGGUUUCAAAUUCAGGGUGCCUUAAAUGUCUGCUGGUUUUGAUUUGGACAACAUGACAAGCCACAAAUCCCGGCUAAUACAUGAAGGCUAGGGUUGGGAGGUGGAAUCGGCAAUUUUGCUGGUUGUGAUGAAGUUGCGGCUUUGGAGAAGAGCUAUGAGUUAAGAGGCUUCGGGACUGACAAUUUAGGAAUAAUGCUUCAAGACUGGGCAACUUUAAGACUUGUGGACUUCAACUCCCAGAAUUCCCCAGCCAGCAGAAUUCUGAGAGCUGAAGUCCACAAAUCUUAGAAGUUGCUGAAGUUGGACGCUCCUGCUUUAAGAAGUCUGGAACAUAAUUUAUUUUUUUCCUCCUAGAUGACUAAAAGUUUUGAUGUUUAACUGGAAGGGGAGACAAAACGCUUGUAAACUCCCCCCUCCAGUUGAAAAUAUAUAUCCCCUUGGAUAUAUAUUUUGGUUGGGGUCUUUUCCCCCCACUUCUUCCUUAAUUACAAAGUUCUUAUAUCAGACGAACACAGAGACGGUAUUCAGCCGGUUCCUACCAAUUCAGGCGAACCGGUAGUGACGACCUGCUGGUGAGCAAACCCACCGGCCCAGACGCAAUCCUGUCCUAUAUCACUAUGUUUUUGACGUCGCACGCAUGUGCAAGCGAAUUGCUGUGUUGUUUGAUGUCGCAUGCAGGUGUGGAUGGCGCGCGUGAGCGAAUUGCCAUGUUUUGUGAUGCCGCACGCAUGCGCGGGUCACAUUUCUGGUGCUGGGCGAACCGAUUGCUACUAGUAUGUGAAGGUCACCUCUGGGCCAACACUUAAUUACACCCCAGAGCUAGUGACCCUCAAUAUUUCAUGCCGUCGGUACAAUUUAAAACAAUGCCCAUGUCUGUUACUUUUGGGGAGAUGAGGAAGUCAGGAUUCCCCCAUGCUUAAAUCUUAGGACCGUGAGCCUGAUGUUGAACCAGCGCAUGGCACAUUAGAUGAAUCACACGCUCUAAAGUUCCUUUAAUUCAAGUGGCAAUUUUGGCAGUCUGGAGGUUUGAAUGUCCUUCUGCGUGGACAUCUCCUUUCCAGCCACAAAGACGGGGCUGAUUUCACCCAACUGUUUGUCUAGAUGUGUUGGAUUGCAGUUGAUUUCCAUAUUUUUGUUUUGUAAUCCAGUAGAUCUGGACGGCUGGUUUAAAAAUAAUAAUAAUAAUAAUCCUGUCCCAGUUUUCUGCAGGAAUGAGAAGCUGGUUGGUUUGCUUUUGAACGUGGUGAAUUGCACACCGCUUCACGUGUGAAGAGUGAUAUCUUCCAAAUGCUUUUGCUUCACAUAACCAGAGAUGGAAUUCAGCCCGUUAGGACUGGUUAGGACCAGUUCGAGCGAACCGGUAGUCCCGACAAUCAGCUGGCCCAGGCCACCCUAUCCUCUCCUUUAUUUUCUGCUUUCUAGCUCAUCUCAAUCACAUAGCACAGCUGAUUCCUCUCCUUCACUGUUCUACUUACCGUUGCUGACUCGGAAGCAGCUGAGCUUCUAAAUCAGAGGUCUUCAAACUUGGCUGGAGAAUUCUGGGAAUUGAAGUCCACAAGUCUUAAAGCUGCCAAGUUUGGGGACUCCUGUUCUAAAUGCUCCAUUUUCAGCGCGAAGCGCACGCUCACCAAACCGGUGGUUAAACCGGCAGCAUUCCACCACUGCACAUAACUAACCGCUUGGGUUUAUUGUUUACAAUCCAGUGCCGUUCACGUGUCCCUAGGCAGAUCAGAGUUACCUUCAAAGCUGAUAAGUGAUUUUUUAUUAUUUUUUUCUUGCACCCUCCCUUCAAAUUUUUUUUCCUUUUUUAAAAAAAAAAGAGAUUAUAGUCUUUUCUGUGUCCAGGGGCAGAAACUUAAAUCCCCAUCUCUCUAAUUUGUAUGUAGAAUACUAUCUCCCUCUAGUGGUGAUGUGUGGCAUAUCGAAUGUUUCUUUAAAUUCUUAUUUGGAUGAUGUGAGAAUGCUCAAAAAAAGAGCCUUGGCUAAGAAUCAAAGUAACAGUGGCUUACAUAAUCUAUGUUGCAUUUGGGUUGCAAAUAAAUAUAACGUUUUGGCAUUGCUACACAAAUAGCACUUGGUUGUUUUUUUUAUCUAGCUCACUAUCUACAAUGGAGCCAUUCGGAAAGGUAAAUCUGACAGUGUGUCACCAGGGGGCAGUAUUAGAUCACAUUUGUCUGGACCCAGAAGCUAAGCAGGGCCAGUUCUGGUUACAACUUGGAUGGGUCUCCUCCAAACAGUAAAACAGCCUGCAAAAUGUAAAGAAA